GGGUUGGGCUUGCGAUGGCAUCACAUGCUACCUCGCUAAGUUGUCCGCCACAUACACAUUACCCCGUAUCGGCAGUCACUCCGUUAAUGCCACACCACACAGUGUAUACGCGGUAAAAACUUCCAAUGCCAUGGGAGGCGAAGGGACUCCCUAAACGAGUUUCUGUUGCGGGCUAAGGCAAUACCAUCAAACUGGAUAUUUUCUUUUUUUGUUUUCUCUUUUUCUUUGCUUUCCUUUGCUUGCCUUAUAAAUAAAGAGUUCGUUCCAUCACCAACACCACGUUUUCAAUCCCCAACCAAAUCUUCAUCAUAAUAUACACAGUUUUGUAUUUUUUAAAAUUAUGGCUGGACAGUCCAGGAAAUGGAUGAUCCUAGUGGCGGUUAUUUGGAUUCAAGCAUUCACGGGUACGAAUUUCGAUUUCUCCGCUUAUUCCUCGGAGAUGAAGAAAGUAUUGGGCAUAUCACAGGUGCAGUUGAAUUAUCUUGCGGUGGCGUCGGAUAUGGGGAAGGUAUUCGGCUGGUCUUCUGGGUUGGCUCUCAUGUUUUUCCCUUUGUGGACGGUGCUCUUCAUGGCUGCUUUCAUGGGCCUUUUUGGUUACGGAAUCCAAUGGCUUGUCAUUUGUAACGUCAUCUCUUUGCCUUACAUACUGGUUUUCUUUCUAUGCUUGUUAGCAGGAUGUAGCAUAUGCUGGUUCAACACAGUUUGCUUUGUUCUUUGCAUAAAAAACUUCCCGGCUAACCGAGCACUUGCUUUAUCCCUCACAGUGAGCUACAAUGGUGUAAGUGCAGCCUUGUACGCCCUUGCUGGUGAUGCCAUUAGUGCAUCAACCAGUUCGCUAUAUCUUCUUCUGAAUUCCCUUGUUCCCCUUAUCGUUUCGAUUGCAGCACUAGUUCCUAUCCUCCGCCAACCCUCGGUGGAUCCUCUUUCCCCCGAGGCAGUCCGCAGCGACUCCAUUAUGUUUCUACUAUUGAACAUGCUGGCCGUUUUAACCGGUGUUUAUCUCCUCCUUUUCGGUUCAAACACAUCGGAUACAAGUACAUCUCGUCUCCUCCUUGGGGGAGCUGUUUUUCUUCUGGUUUUCCCAUUAUGUGUUCCCGGUGUUGUCUAUGCCCGACGUUGGUUCCAUCAUACCAUACAUUCUAGCUUCCAACUUAGAGGAUCGGGCUUCAUUCUGGUGGACGACGAUGAUCUUGAGCUUCAUAAACGGCUGGUUAGCCGUGAGACUAGUUACAAUAAUCUGAAUGGAUCAUCGUUGAGUGAUGAUGAGGUAUGCGAAUACAGAUCGAGCAGCCAAAAACUGUGCAACAAAGAAGAAGACAGUGCAAGAUGUUGUGAGAAAAUGAUAGAAAAAGAUCAACUGGUAAUGCUAGGUGAAGAGCACCCAGCUCAUGUACUUGUGGGGAGAUUGGAUUUUUGGCUCUACUACAUAGCAUAUUUCUGCGGGGGAACAAUUGGACUUGUAUAUAGCAACAAUCUAGGACAAAUUGCACAAUCACUGGGACACAGUUCCAAUACUACCUUACUUCUCACUCUAUAUUCAUCCUUCUCCUUCUUUGGCCGCUUGCUUUCAGCUGCACCCGACUACGUUCGCGCGAAAUUUUACUUUGCAAGAACUGGUUGGCUAACCAUUGCCUUGUUGCCGACCCCUGUUGCAUUCUUCUUGCUGGCUGCAUUAAGCAAUUCAACAGCAGCAUUGCGUGUAGGAACUGCAUUAAUCGGGUUGAGUUCGGGGUUCAUAUUUGCUGCCGCAGUUUCUGUUACAUCUGAGCUGUUUGGACCAAAUAGUGUAGGCGUGAAUCACAACAUUCUGAUAACCAAUAUCCCCAUAGGGUCACUGAUUUACGGCGUGCUUGCUGCAGUAAUUUAUGAUGGCAACGUGGGGAGAGGCCUGAAAUUAAUGUUUUCAGAUUCAGUAGUAUGCAUGGGGAGGGACUGCUAUUUCUUAACGUUUGUGUGGUGGGGUUGCUUAUCCGUUGUGGGCUUAGUUUGUAGUCUGCUAUUGUUUAUUAGAACCAAGCAUGCUUACGACGCUUUUGAACGGAAUCGUGCAUUGGUAGAGCCACAGAGGAACAGGUCAUCAAAUAGCAUAGCAUAGGAUAACAGCUAGACCGGAUACCAAAUGAAAUAGCAAUAAAUAUCUCUUGAUUUUGGUCCUGGUACAAUGUGUAAUUUGACAGGUGAAUAUUGAUUUUAUGUAAUUAUAUAUAUAAAAUUUUGAUUUAAUCAUAUUUUUACAAACCAUAA